CACAGCCAGAUAAGCGACCCAUGACCGGCACGGCGAUAGCGCGGCCCGGCCGAGGCGUGAGGCGCCGACAGUCCAAGAGUCAGCUGCGAGUCGCCAGCAGGGAGCCAUGGGCACGGUGUGUCGGUGGUUGGCGGCGCUGGUGACGCUGUGUGCAGUGUCGCCGCUGCACGGCGCUGCCGUCGGCGGCGCCUGCGCGGGCAACGUGACGGACUGCCGGUGGCGCGCCGGCGGCGGCGUGGAGCAGCCGGAGCGGGCAGGCGCGUGCGCGCUCAACGGCACGCAGGCGGACUGCCAGCUGCGCGGCCUGAGCUCCGUGCCGGCCGACCUGCCGGCGGGCACGCGCGUGCUGCACCUGGACGCCAACGAGCUGGGCGCGCUGCGCGGGGGCUCGCUGGGGCACCUGCCGCGGCUGCGGGCGCUGCACGCCAAGCUGUGCCGCCUGCGCGCGCUUCCGCCGGGCCUGUUCGCCGGCCUACCACACCUCGGCCACGUCGACCUCGCCUUCAACCUCAUCAGCCACGUCGAGCCGGAUACGUUCAGCGGCAAUCCCCGCCUCCAGACUGUCAAUUUCGCUUUCAAUAACCUGGCCAACAUCACGUCGGAGACUUUCCGGCAUAAUUCCUUGCUGAAACAUCUUGACUUGAGCUUCAACGAACUUAAUACUCUGCCCGAAGAUGCGUUCAUGCACCUUCCUUACCUGGAGCAGCUGCUACUGCCAGGGAAUGGCCUGCAAGUUCUUCCCGAUCGACUGUUUGUUUCGAACACCAGGAUCUCCUUCCUAGACGUUUCUCACAACGCGCUAACAACUUUGGGGACCACGACAUUCAGAAGACUCAAGCAUCUGAAAGUUCUCAAGGCAUCGGACAACAAGCUGGUCCAGCUCCAACCCACUUUAUUCGAAGCUAACUUUCUACUGUCUGAAAUCUUCGUCCACAAUAACAAGUUGACUUCGCUGAGUUCUCAGCUGCUGAACGCGACUCAGAUGUCUCUGCUGUCGCUUAACGACAACCCGUGGCACUGCGACUGCGCGCUCAAGACCUUCCUGGAGGAGGUCCACAGCCGCGGGGCGUCGCUCGUUGCUGCGACAGAGUGCGCCACGCCGCCAGCCAUGGCUAAGAGGGACGUCAUCCUGCUGUUCCACGACCAGAUCGCUUGCAACACCACUGCCCAACAGGGAGAUACGUCUACACCAGUUAUAGUGACCGAGUCUCAGUAAGAGUUAAGCAUUACCUCAUUGUACAGUUACUAUUUCAUAUUACACUUAUAUUUAUUAUCAAGCGAGUGAAAUGUGCUAACAGUGACUUGAACAAUAUUACGAGAUACUGAAUGAUAUGUGCGGUGUUCAUUUGCAAAUGAUCCAUAUGUAAUACUCUGAACUAUAACAAUGCAUUUAUUGUUGUACAGUAACGACUUGUCUGGUUGUCAUUACUCAAAAGAUGUAAUUUGUGUGUUUAAAUACUAAUCCCAUGUUCUGUCAAAUACGAAACUUUCUGAGAUAUAUGUAUUACAGUGUACAACAUUAAGAAGUUUUAUAAUAA